UUAUGAACAAUUUUAAUGCUUUUUCUGUUGCUUCAAGCAGUGGUAAAUUCUUUUUUUUUUGUUUAAAAAUAGUAAGUCUUUGGCUUGGGCUCGGGCUUGUUUAUGAAAAUCUAUUAGAUGAAUUUUUAACUUUCAUUUUUAAAUCUAGGCUAAUUUUCGAAUCCAUUGAAAUGGCAGAAUCCUGGUUCCGGAUGCUGGAAAGCCUAGGCCUAUUUCCACUUUCUAUCUGAUCCUGGUUCUAAGGACUAAAAACCCUGGCUGGCCCUUAAAAACUCAGACUUUGGCAAAAUUCGGUUUAAAUAUGAUUUUGAACAAUUUCUCCAUUCCUCGUUUUUUUCAAUUAGAAAUUGGUUCGUAUCAAACUUUAGGUUCCACCCCACUCCCUUUUCUCCAAACUCCGUCCAUUUUUCCUCCCAUUUUCUUAACUCAUCGUUGCUAGGUUGAGCAGGUCUUUAAGUUCAUUCAGACCUUUUUUUAAAUGUAUUUCUCUUCUAAAUUCUGUUUUUAGCUGAUCCUCCUCCUCCACCACCUUUAGCCGAAUCUAAACGGGAAGAAUAUCUAGCCAAAAUUCUUCACACUGAAAGGCGCUUUAAUGAUUUGAGAUUAAAAUUGCAUAAAGCUAAGAUGUCGCAGUUCGAAAAACUUCAAGACGAUAUUUUAAAUAGGCGUUGUAGUAUUUUCUUAAGGCGGAAGGCUCAAUUGGAUUCUGAAUUUGAUACAAGGAGAAAGGUUUUCUUUUAAAUUAAAUUUUGUUCGGACUUGAUGAAACUUGAGAAACCGAUUUGUGAUGUCAUUAUUUUACUAUAGGAAGUUGCGGGUUCUUUGUCAAAUUGGGCCAAAAAAUGACCGAAUUCUGC